AACAGCGCAGUCGUCCACGCCUCUGAGGCAGUGAACUGGCCUGAUUUCGCCAGCUUCCGCUUGCCGCUAGGGUGUCGUACGGAGGAAAAAAUACGCCGCUCGCGUGUUCCGUAAAAUUUUGUCGGGACCUGUACUACCACGGCUCGUCGGGAUUUUUCCGCUUCGCCGCAGCACGGGACCACUGCAGAGCACAACAAGCUGUGGCAGCGUCUGUCGAAACGACUCUGCUGUCGACUGUCUUGGGGUCAUUCCAUGGUCCCGAGGAGCAGCACCGUGAGCUUGAACAAGUACUGCGGCAGUUUGAUGGAACCUUUACGGAGAAACCGGGUAAGUCGUCUGUGUUACAGCAUAGCAUAGGCACCGGUAACGCUAGGCCCUGGCGUUGUAAUCCGAGACCAUUGAGUGUUCAUAAGCGUGCCUUAUUAGACGCUGCUCUUGACGAAAUGCUCCAAACCGGUGCAGUACAAGGUCUGAGAGCCCCUGGGCAUUUCCUGUUGUCCUGGCUCCGAAACGUGAUGGUACAGCUAGACAGAAUGGCCUAAAUGCAGGCUCAGGCGCUCAGGCUUGCCUAUCAUGGUACAGCUAGGUUAUGCGUCGACUACCGUCGACUUAACGCAGUAACUGUAAGGGACUUCCCGUCCAUUGAGUCAAUCCUGUGUUCCCUGGGCAAUGCAACUGUGUUUUCAACGCUUGACAGUAGCAGAGGAUUUUCGCAAAUCCAAAUUGGCCCCGAGGAUGUCCCAAAAACAGCCUUUACGUGUCAGAGGUUUGUUCGAAUUUGUACGGAUGCCUUUCGGUCUAAUUCACCCGCCAGUUUCCAGCGGUUGAUGGAAACAGUGUUGGGAGAUGCGAAGUACAAUUUUGCAGUGGCAUACAUGGAUGAUGUCGUAGUGUUUUCUAGAAAUUUUCAGGAACACUUGGAACACCUGUCAAUCGUCCUUGCAAGGAUGAACGAAGCGGACAUAACGAUCAAUCCUCGCAAGGUGCAGCUGGCAUCGUCUAGGAUCAAACUUCUCGACUUUGUGGUGGACGGAGGUACCAUCCGUCCGAACGACGACAAGCUAAAGGCGAUCACGGAGUUUCCGGUUCGGUAACGUCAAAGCCUUGCAGCGCUCCCUAGGUAGGGUUGGUUUUUAUAGACAUUUCAUUCCUAAUUGUGCUGAGCUAGCGCAGCCGCUUAACCAGUUGUUGCGCAAGGACACGCGCUGGAAUUGGGGAGAAGAGCAGGAACGAAGACAGAAAACAGAUGCAAGCAAUUAUGGUGUUGGCGCAGUUCUCUUGCAGGAGCAUGACGCUAUUCUUUGUCCAGUAGCUUUUGCAAGUGGCACGCUGAAUCCGGCAGAACGGAAUUACUCCGUGACGGAAAAGAAGUGCUUGGCGACCAUCUUCGCUUUCAGGAAGUUCGACCUCUACCUGGACGGCAGUACCUUCACUGUCCAGACUGACCAUCAAGCACUUUCUUGGCUGCAGCGGCUCCAUGACCCGUCUGAACAACUUGCCAGGUGGGCCCUGACGCUACAAAGCUACUCCUUCAACGUGGAGUACAGGCGGGGCUCGACGAAUGUGGUAGCAGACGCGCUUUCCCGUGCGCCUCUACCGGAGGGGGGAGAGGAAGGCCACGAGGCGCCUUCUCAACUCCUGGCAGCAGCACAACUGGCACGAGACGCAUCUUCGUCUUGGGGCACGGUCAUGAGCAGAGAGCAGCUCCUAGACGCUCAGAGAGCGAACGGCCUUUGUCAGCGGGUGUCUCAAUGGUUAGCUGAGCAGGGCUCUGCAGGCACCGGAACGAGUGACGGACGGCACGACUCCUAUCUGCUGGGCGAGGAUGGCAUCCUGUUCAGAUACAUACUCCAGGCGGAUGAGGACGACGGCUCAUCCCCGUUCAGAUUCGUGGUGCCACGGAAGUUGGUGACAGUGUGAAAGUGGGAACAUCCCGCUGCUGCCAAACUGGACUGACGUCGUCAAAAAUUACGAAGUUAGAAACCCAGCUUCAGACUUCCCAGCGGAAGUUGAGACGCCAGGCUGCAGAAAUUUCUGAAAUGAAGUGUCAACUGGCAACAACUAAAGAGGGGCUGAAAACAAGUCAAAGGAGGCUUGAGGACUUUAAUGUACUUGUUUUUGAGCGCAAGCUUGAGGAGGAGGAACCAAAAGCAGUUUUCCUCAAAGAGCAACUUGACUGCCUCCAUAAGGUCAAGCCAAGGUGGACAGAAGACUAUUAGAAAAUGUGUCUUGUGGCAGGCUCGAUCACCUACGGCGUACCGUUUCAUUCGGGAAUGUGGGUGGCUGUCCCUGCCCUGCCACAUGACACUGAAACGCUAUGUUGGUCCUUGCACAGAUCAAGCUAUGUCGUCAUUAAUUCAACAAAGGCUGACAGAAGAAGUAAAGAAGCACGGUCCAGAGGCGCUACACUGCUCACUUGUAAUGGACGCGAUGUCGAUUGAGCAGUCUGAACAGUACCAACGCCAAGGCGAUGUUGUGCAUGGGCUGGUUAAGCUCGGUGGCCUCGAGAAAAAGUAUGGCAUGGAUGGACAACUGGCAACACACCUUCUCUGCUUCGUGCUGGUUGGGCUGUCCACAUCUUAUCGUUGAGACUCAGCAAGGGAUAAAAACAGCAACCCUCUCUUUACUCGCUGGGUACCUGGUAAGAGUAGUUAAAGAAAAGAUGGCGUGCAGCGGCUGCUUGGCAGGGAUUGAGGCAGAAGAGUCAGCGUCUGAAAUAACUGGGCUCAU